UAUUACUAUUAGCGGGAGACGACAAGCAGCACUCACAGGUGGUAGCCAAAUUAGCCAUGGAUACAGCUAGAGAGUUUCUCGAGAAUAUCACUGCCGGCGAACUAGCCGAUCGCGUUUCGCAGCUACGCUUCGCGCCGCAUAAACCUCAUGCGGAGCCCAGCUUCUACGAGUAUUCAAUCCUCCGAGGUGUCCGCGUCGACUCGGUCCGACUCGAUUCAACACUCUACUGCUCUUUCACUGUCCCCGCUCGUCUCACCGAUAUAACUGGAAAGUUGAGUGCGGGGGCAAUUGCUUCAUUGGUUGAUGAAAUCGGUGCGGCGGCGAUCCAUAAGUGUGGCAAACCCAUGGGUGUUUCGGUAGACAUGUCGAUCUCCUAUAUUUCCGAUGCUAAGAUGAAUGACGAAUUGGUGAUUACCUCUCGUUGUUUAGGCCAGCGAGGUAACUACCAUGGCACAGGCGUGCUCAUACGUAACAGGACAACUGGAGAGAUUGUUGCUCAAGGCCGCCAUUCCUUAUUUAGUUUACCUGCCACUGCCAGCAAACUGUGAGACUGCUUAACUCAAUUGAGGGUCUGGUUGCUAUACAAAAUUGGACUGGAACUGAAAUUGAAAAUGAAACUGAAAUUGGAUCGGGCGUAGUUGUUAGAGAAAUCAAGUAGAGCGCGAGCGUUCAUCUCCCAUUAGAGAAAUUGGUUUGUUUUAGAAGUAGUUUGAAAUCACAACUGUAUUUCAUUGCUUUUCAAGUUGUUGCAUGCAGAGCCUAAAGUUUACAAAUGUAUAUUAAUGUGCUCUUAAAUAGUCAAAUUAAUGUAGCAUUUUCAAUUUUUAAAAGAACCA